AUGGCAGGCGGAAACAUCAAGGUGGUGGUGCGAGUGCGGCCGUUCAAUAGCAGAGAAAUCGAGAGAGGGUCAAAAUGUAUCGUCGAAAUGAACGGAAACCAAACCGUCCUGACACCGCCACCGGACGCUUCGGGCGGUGGUGGAAAAGGCGCAAAAGACAAUGCUCCGAAAGCUUUUGCCUUUGACAGAUCCUACUGGUCUUUCAGCAAAGCCGACCCAAACUAUGCCGAACAGCAUCAUCUCCACGACGAUUUGGGCAAACCCCUCUUGGAUAAUGCCUUCCAGGGCUAUAAUAACUGUAUCUUUGCAUAUGGUCAGACCGGUUCCGGAAAGUCCUAUUCCAUGAUGGGAUACGGAAAAGAACAUGGUAUCAUUCCGAAAAUUUGCCAAGACAUGUUCACGCGUAUUGAGCAGAUGCAACAAGACUCGAAUCUAAAAUGUACCGUCGAGGUCUCAUAUCUCGAAAUCUACAACGAGCGUGUCCGCGACCUGCUGAAUCCAUCAACCAAAGGCAAUCUCAAGGUUCGAGAGCAUCCUUCGACGGGUCCGUAUGUUGAAGAUUUGGCAAAGUUGGUUGUUACAAGCUUUCAGGAGAUUGAAAACCUCAUGGACGAGGGUAACAAGGCAAGAACAGUCGCCGCGACGAACAUGAACGAAACAUCCAGUCGAAGUCACGCUGUCUUUACACUCAUGGUGACUCAGAAAAGGUUCGAUCCGGAGACAAAAAUGGCAAUGGAGAAGGCUGCCAAGAUCAGUCUGGUGGAUCUUGCUGGUUCAGAGCGUGCGACCUCUACAGGAGCCACGGGAGCUCGUCUCAAAGAAGGUGCUGAGAUCAACAGAUCCUUGUCCACGUUGGGUCGUGUCAUUGCAGCGUUGGCCGAUCUGUCCACCGGAAAGAAGAAGAAAGGAGGAGGAGCUGGAGGUCAGGUUCCAUACCGAGACAGUGUCUUGACGUGGCUCUUGAAGGACUCUCUGGGAGGAAACAGUAUGACUGCCAUGAUAGCAGCUAUCAGUCCGGCCGACAUCAAUUAUGACGAAACCCUAAGCACCCUGCGUUACGCCGAUUCCGCCAAACGUAUCAAGAACCACGCUGUUGUGAACGAAGACGCGAAUGCUCGCAUGAUCAGGGAGCUCAAAGAGGAACUUGCCUUGUUGCGAAGUAAACUGGGCGGUGGCGGCGGAGGUGCCGCUGCUGGUGGAAGUGGUGGAUCUGCCGUCCCACCCGAUGAAGUCUAUGCUGAAGGAACACCUCUCGAGCAGCAGAUCGUUAGUAUCACAUCUUCAGACGGCACAGUCAAGAAGGUUUCGAAAGCCGAAAUUGCCGAGCAACUCAGCCAGAGCGAGAAGUUGCUGACGGAUCUAAACCAAACCUGGGAAGAGAAGCUGCUGAAGACGGAAGAAAUUCAUAAAGAACGUGAAGCGGCACUGGAAGAACUUGGAAUCAGCAUCGAGAAGGGUUUCAUUGGGUUGCAUACACCCAAGAAAAUGCCCCAUUUGGUCAACUUAUCUGACGAUCCCCUUCUCGCAGAGUGUUUGGUGUACAAUCUCAAGCCCGGUACGACGACUGUCGGAAAUGUGGAAUCAAACGCGGAUAAUCAAGUCAACAUCCGGUUGAACGGCACGCGUAUAUUGCAUGAGCACUGCAAAUUCGAGAACGCCGCAGAUGGUACUGUGACGAUUGUUCCCAACGAAGGCGCUGCUGUCAUGGUGAAUGGAAAAAGAAUAAGUGAACCGAGUCGACUGCAUUCAGGAUACCGCAUUAUUCUUGGAGAUUUCCACAUUUUCAGAUUUAAUCAUCCCAUGGAAGCCAAAGCUGAGCGUGAUGAGACCCGGCAGUCGCUGCUGCGUCAAUCUGUGACAGCAACUCAACUGGGCCUCGACCGCACCUCACCUACCCCGACAAGGCCCACUCACGAGAGGUCAAUCAGCAAAGCGGGAUCUGACAUUGGCGAUAGUCGGCCAGAGUCUCCUGCCCCAUUCCGUGGCACUGAUUCCGACUGGUCAUACGCAAGACGCGAAGCGGCGGGUGCUAUUCUAGGCCAGACGGAGCAAAACUUGGCCAAAUUGACCGAUGAAGAGCUCAAUGCUUUGUUUGAAGACGUGCAGCGUGCCCGAGCAGAGCGUGUCUUUGGCAAGGAGGGCGAGGAGGACUUGGACUCGGUGACUUCGUACCCUGUACGGGAAAAGUACAUGUCGACAGGCACAAUUGACAACCUGUCCCUUGACACGGCACUGACGAUACCUUCGACCCCAAAAGCCGGCGAGAACGAUGACAGACUGAAGGAAAUCCGUGAAGUCAUGCAGACACAAUUGGAGAAACAGAAGGGCGAGUAUCAGGAACAACUCAAGGACGCCGAAGCUGGAAAUGUCGAGUUCGAGGAAAUCAAGAAGGAGAAGGUUAGAAUGGAAGAGACAUUGAUUCAGUUAAAGGCCGAUAUGCAGAAACAGCUCGAGGCGCAAAAGCAAGAGUUUGAGGCCAAGAUUGAGAAGCUCGACCCACUAAAGAGGCCAAAAGCGAAGCCAAAGCUUUCGAAAGAAGAGGUCGAAAGAGCCAAGAAGGCACUCGCGCACUGGAGGAGUCGUCAUUACGUGCAAAUGGCUGAGAAGGUACUGCAACACGCCGCCACCCUGAAAGAAGCGCAAAUUAUGAGCGAGGAGCUUGGCGAGAACGUUGUCUUUCAAUUUACCGUUGUGGACGCUGGACACGCCCUAUGCUCAUCCUACGAUAUGGUGCUUAACGGAGUGUCAAAUGAGGGUGACGACAUUGCCCUGGAAGAGGCACAGAAACCAUGUGUUGGCAUCCGGGUUGUUGACUAUAAGCAUACCGUGGUGCACCUCUGGAGUCUCGAGAAGCUUCAUGACCGAGUUCGACAAAUGAGGCAGAUGCAUCAGUAUUUGGAUCAGCCAGAGUAUAGUCAACAUUUCAAGCUCGACAACCCGUUUGUGGAAACUUGCAUGCCGGAAUACUCCCUUGUCGGCGAGGUCGACGUGCCUCUGAAAGCAGUCUUCGACAGCCGGGUUCAGGACUUCAACCUUGAUGUCCUCUCACCCCACACUUCUCACGCCAUUGGCAUUCUUAAAUUGUCUCUUGAGCCUUCAAGCGCUCGGGCUCCAUCUAGCACGCUCAAGUACAAUGUGGUCAUGCACGACAUGGUUGGUUUUGCCGAGCGAGAGGGAACUGAUGUGCACGCCCAGCUUUUCAUUCCCGGCGUUUCAGAAGACAGCGUCACCACGACUCAGAUGAUCAAGGACUUUGAUGAGGGACCCAUUCGUUUUGACAGUGUUCAUAGUAUGAGCGUGCCAUUGUUCGGACCGCAGAACACCAACUUGCGCGUUGCUAUUUUCGCAAAGGUCUCUACAAUGCAUCUCGACAAGCUUCUUAGUUGGGACGAAAUGCGAGACGCUGUACCCGGUGCAGAGAACAAGCCAAAGCGUGAUGCUCGUAUCAACGAGUCACACUUUUUCACCGAGGAGAAACACGACCUCCUUGCUCGAGUCCAGAUUCUUGAACUUUCGGAGAAUGGCGAUUACGUGCCAGUCGAAGUAACACAGACUAGCGAGCUCGAUACUGGCACUUUCCAACUUCACCAGGGUCUUCAAAGGCGCAUAGCUAUUAAUCUCACACACAGUUCUGGCGAUGCAUUACCUUGGGAUGAUAUCACAUCUGUUCGUGUUGGAAAGAUUCAGCUGGUAGAUCACGCUGGAAAGGUUCCUGAUAUGGCAGCUGCUGCUCCGGAUAUUCCUCUCCGGCUCAGCUCCAAACCGACCUUCCGCCAGAACGCCAAUGGUACCCGCAGUGUCACGAUUAGCGGCCAGUGGGAUUCGAGUUUACACAACUCACUAUUACUGGAUCGGACGACAGUGGACAAGUACAAGGUGCAAAUGUCGCUGUCUUGGGACAUCAGUUCAGACAAGCUCGCAGAGCCAAUGAAGUUCUCAACGAACAUUUACUGUCAAAUCCUUGGAAGAACAUUUAUUAGACAGGCUUCGAUGCUGUCUGCAUUAUGGCAGCACAUUCGCAUCGUCCACUCGUCAAGCACCAUCUACACACUCACUAUGCGUCCUGCGCCCAUCAAAAGAGUCGGUGAUCUCUGGAGAAUCAAUAGUCAACAUGGCUACGUCAAGGGCGAAGAAAAUUUGAACAAUUGGAGCCCGCGAGGCGUUUCGCUCAUUGGCGAUUUCAUUGCAGCCCAGAAGAAGCGAAGACGGAUUGCCGAGAUAGGCGCUGCUCAAAUCUUCCUCAAGAAAAUCGGUCUUCCAGAACCAAAGAAUCCGCCUGAAGAAGAGGAUCACCAGUCUGAGUCGGACGAGUUCUCCCCCAUCCCUAAAGGCAAUGAUGAUGACUCUAUUCAUGCACUCCUAAACGACACCCCUCAGUCUUCACGGCCCUCGACGCCCAAACCCCAGGAUCCUGAGAAUAACGAGGAGGUGGAUGAAACUGCCGCCCCAGAUGAGCCAAAGACUGAAUCGGUGGAUGAUGAAGAAGCAUCACCGGAAGAGCCUGUUGAAGAAUCAGUUCCCAAGUCGGACUUUGGGGAACACGAGACUUUGAUCCUCAAGAAAUGUCUCAAGCUAUGGGGAAGUUACCCGGAUCCAGUGAUUCAGAUUCUAAGUCCAGAAAAUACUGCACCUCCAGCAGAUGGUGUGGCUCCGGAAUCUAGCGCCCCUCCUGCCUUGAUCACAACAAUAGUUCGGGUGCCCAAAAAUCCAAAGGUUCUGAAAGGGGGCUACCUUCUAGUUCCCAACAACGACUCGAGCAAAUGGGUCAAGCGCUUCGUUGAGUUGCGGCGGCCAUAUAUCCACAUCCACAGUGCCACAGAUGGCGACGAGGUGGCCAUCGUUAGCCUACGUAACUCGAGAGUUGAUAGUCAACCAGAGAUACUGGCGCUCUUUAGUGGACAAGAUCCACAUGACGAUGAUGAAGAAGGCUCCGCACAAGGAGACUUCCGACCUGGUCAUCGUAGAACAUCAUCGGGCCGGAUUGUAUCUUCUAUCUGGACGGGACUAGGCGGCAGCUCUGCUGGCCCCGGCUUAGGUGGCUUGAGUGAGCGCUUGCAGGCGGGCGUUUUUGCCAUAUAUGGCACAGACAAUACUUGGCUGUUUGCCGCGCGCAACGAGCGUGACAAGCUUGACUGGAUCUUCCGCAUCGACCAGAGCUAUUUUUCAGGAACCGGCAGCGCGAGUGGUAGUGGAGCCGUCAGCCCCCAACCUGGAGAUUAUGCGAACGGCAACGGCUAUUGA